AUGUUCAUCCAAUCUCUCUGGGCAGCACAUAUGUCGUGGGACUCUGAGCUUGCGAAAGAAGCAGCCGUAUGGUGGAAGAAGUAUCGUGCAGACAUUAGGGAGCUUAUCCUGCUGCAGGUUCCAAGAAGGGUCCUGUGGAACAAGGAUACAGAACGCCAGUACUCAGUACACUGCUUCUGCGAUGCCUCGCAGAAGGGAUUCGGAUGCUGCGUGUACAUCGUAUCUUUGGAUGAGUAUGGCCAGCGUCAUUCACACCUGCUCACGUCGAAAUCUCGCGUCGCACCUCUUCGUGGACAGUCAAUUCCACGCUUGGAGCUCCGCGCAGCACUUCUCGGGAGUCAACUGGUCCACUGCUUACGAACUGACACCAACAUCACUGGACCAGUCACAUUUUGGACCGACUCUACUAUCGCACUUCACUGGAUCAAAUCCAGAUCGAAUUCCUGGAAAGUCUUCGUGUCGAAUCGGGUCGCAGAGAUCCAACGCUUAACGAAGGAUGCGCAGUGGAUGCACGUACCGACCGAUCUAAAUCCUGCCGACUAUAUCUCCCGAGGAUUACUUGCAAGCCAGAUCAUCUACGACAAGCUGUGGUGGCAUGGGCCAAAGUAUCUCAAAUUCCCCGUAGAGCAAUGGCCAAAGUGUCCGAUUUCGAUGCCGAAUAAAACGGAUUUGGAGAAGGAGAUGCGUAUGUUGGUUUCCCUGCAUCUACUACAAGACAACGGAAGCAUCUUUAGUGCAUUCUCGGAGUUAGCCAAGCUAACGCGCUUCGUCGCGUACUGCUUUCGGUUUCGGAACAACUGCAAGCUUCCGAAAGAUCAACGCGUGUUGUCCCCGCUGUCGCCUCAAGAAGUGGACUGUGCGCUGAAAUCAUUAGUUCGCCUCGCCCAGCGCCAGGAAUUCCCAACAGAAGUUAAACUACUUAGUCAAAAGCAGACCGAGAACACAGUCAGAGUCGCAUCGAAGUCGGCACUACAAAACCUGAACAUAUUCAUGGACGAUUUCGGACUACUGCGGAUGGACGGAAGAUUGAAAAACUUAAACGCACCGUUCGACACUCGCUUUCCGAUUAUGCUUCCAGCUAAACAUAGUCUGAGCAUCCUCAUCACCAGGUCAGUUCACCUUCAGACACUUCACGGUGGACCGUCGCUUGUGCUCGCUACCAUCCGUCAACGAUUCUGGCCACUCCGGGGUCGCGAGUUGGCUCGUAAGGUCUUUCGACGAUGCGUCACCUGCUUCCGGUGCAAUCCUACAACAGGAAAUCAGAUUAUGGCACCUUAUCCGUCGUUUCGCCUCAGACCAGCUCGAGCUUUUACGUACUCGGGAAUGGAUUACUGUGGGCCGUUUCUCGUUCGUCCGUUAAUUGGGAAAGGCUCGUCCGUUAAGGUGUACGUCGCGUUGUACGUCUGCAUGGUGGUGAAGGCCGUGCAUCUCGAGGUCGUCGCUGAUCUGUCGUCCGCCGCGUGCAUAAACGCCGUCAAACGCUUCGUCGCCAAACGCGGUCGGGUUCUUGAGUUGCACUGUGACAAUGCAACCGCUUUCGUCGGAGCAGAUCGUGAGCUGCGUCAGCUGCGGAAAGAGUAUCUGCGGCAGUUCCAGUCGACGGAAUGGGGUCUCUACUGUGCGGACAAUGGCAUCACCUUUCGGUUCAUUCCAGCCCGCUCUCCACACUUCGGAGGCAUCUGGGAAGCCGGAGUGAAAUCGUUUAAGUACCAUUUUCGUUGCGUCAUGGGACAAAAGGCUUUCACAAUGGACCAGUUCCUAACGGUCGUUGCUCAAGUAGAAGCAGUCCUGAACUCCCGUCCUCUUGUUCCCAUUUCUGAUUCGCCUAACGACCUCUCCGUUCUGACCCCAGGGCACUUUCUCAUUGGAGAGCCUCUUGUCUCUAUUCCUGAGCCUGAUCUACUUCACCAGUCCCCUAAUCGCAUCACCCGUUUGCAGGACAUGCAACGCUCGGUCCAAGAUCUUUGGCGUUGUUGGUCGCGGGACUACGUGAGCCAGCUGCACCAGCGUAGCAAGUGGAGGCGCCCGGCAGUAGACGUCCGCAAGGGUCAAUUGGUGCUGUUGAAGCAAGACAACUACCCUCCACUACAAUGGCCUCUCGGGCGUAUCAUCGAAACUAUCCCCGGUUCGGACGGGCGAGUCCGAGUCGUGGUAGUCAGAACGGCUUCGAAGGACUUCAAGCGAGCGGUCACGGAGAUUGCGGUCCUUCCAAUCGAUUCCGACGACGAGGUAGACGCCUCAACAUCAACAUCAACUUCCGAAGUGGUUGUCGGUUGA